GCCCUCGCCGCCACGGACACAGACGUUUCCAAACCAUUUGUCCAAACAACUGCGACCCAAUAACACAAUGUGUUAACUAAUCAACUCGUCUCCCAUCUCCUGCAAGUAUAAAAAUACUCACCCAGAUCAACCACGAAUCACUCAGCAUAUCACAUUCACAGGCCACAUAAUUGGAUCACUCCUCCCUCUCCCAGCUCAUCGCCAUGGCCGCAGCUGCAGCACCGCGUAGCUCCGGGAAAGAAGCGCUUCCCGCUGCGCUCGGCUCCGCCUCUGAGCCCCCUCGCCUCUUCGACGGCACCACCAGGCUUUACAUUUGCUACUUCUGCCCGUUUGCUCAGCGCGCUUGGAUUAUCAGGAACUUCAAGGGCUUGCAGGACAAGAUCGAGCUAGUCGGCAUUGAUCUGCAGGACAAACCAGCUUGGUACAAAGAGAAGGUUUACGAACAGGGCACGGUGCCUUCUCUAGAGCACAACGGCAAGAUCAUGGGGGAGAGUUUAGAUUUGAUCAAGUACAUCGACAGCCAUUUCGAAGGCCCUGCACUGCUCCCUGAAGAUCCUGAGAAGAGACAGUUUGCUGAUGAGCUUAUUGCGUAUGCCAAUGCGUUUACCAAAGCACUCUACUCACCCUUAAUCUCCAAAGCAGAUUUGUCAGCUGAGACGGUUGCUGCUCUGGACAAGAUAGAAGCUGCCCUGUCGAAGUUCGGUGAUGGUCCAUUCUUCCUUGGACAAUUUAGCUUGGUGGACAUUGCGUAUGUGACAAUUAUUGAAAGGAUUCAGAUAUACUACUCUCAUAUAAGGAAAUACGAGAUCACCAAUGGCCGGCCCAACCUCGAGAAAUUCAUCGAGGAAAUCAACAGAAUCGAAGCAUAUACACAAACAAAAAAUGACCCGCUUUACUUGCUCGAUCUUGCGAAGACGCAUCUUAAGGUUGCCUGAAGAUGUUGAGCCAGCGAUGUACUGAAUGACAGAAUGAUGAUGAUCCAUGCCCCGCCCCCCCCCCCCCCCCCCCACACACACACACAAAAAAUCAAUACUCUUUUCUUGCUACUCCAGUUGAUAGUACAUGUUUUGCAGCUUUUGCUUCCAAUAAACCGAAGUUGACAUGUGGUGUAAAAGUCAUGUUUGAGUAAUAAAAUACUGGUGUAAUUCUAUGUUACUCAA